AUGGGCCCGUAUGUGCCCCCGGGCCAGUCACCUCCUUUCGAGGUAGUGGAUGAAUACCAUCAUGGCGCGUGGAUAAUCAUCACCGCUGCGCUGGGGCUCGUCGUCUCACUGGCCUGCUUCCUGAUCAGGCUCUAUGUGCGACUCAUGCUGAUUCCGCCCUUCGCGAGGGAUGAUUUCGUGUUAUUGGGAGCUACGAUUAUGGCGAUCGUACAGUCCUCACUAAUAUUCUACGCAUGCUCGCGCGGUUUUGGUACAUCCAUUACUUUGCUAGACGAUAGCCGCCUUAACCAGAUCCAGGCAUUAAUUGCAACAAGCGAUAUCUUCGCCCUGAUCAUUAUCUACCUUUCAAAAUGCUGCGUUCUCGCUAUCUACCUCCGUCUUACACCCCAGAAGCCACAUAACAGAGCCUCGUGGGCAACGUUAGCGCUUUGCACGGCGUGGUUAAUUCCGGCUGUUUUCAUCUUGUUGGUCAAUUGUGAGCUGAACAAACCGUGGCGGUCACAGGGUGGACAGUGUUUGAAUCUGUUCAAACGCUGGCAAUUCAUCGCAGCAGUCAACGUGAUAACCGAACUUUUAAUAUUCCUUCUGGCGGUCAUCCUCCUAAAAGGCCUUUUCAUGUCGAUGAAACGCAAACUAGCCAUCGGCUUCGCAUUUAUAUUUCGAUUCCCUCUGAUAAUAUUCACCCUCCUCCACAUCUCGACUCUCCACUCUGCUCUUGCCGAGACUGACGUAACCCUCGCCGCCGUCGAACCCACCCUCUGGCUCCAAGUCGAAGUACACUACGCUCUGGUCGCGUGCAGCGUCUUCUGUCUCCGUCCGUUCAUGGCAGCAGUGAGUACAAAUUAUGGAACAGCCGGGGAUUCGAAUUUGGAAAGUAGUGUAUCUGCGUCGCGGAGUAAGUCGAAAUCUGGGUCGGGAUCGGGAUCUGGAUCUGGGAGUCGCAGUAGGAGUUUAUGUCGGGUUCAGAGGAAGAGGGCUGGGACGGAACGGGAUACUAGGGGUUUGAAGUCGGCUUCGAAGGAGAAGUUGUGUGAAGGGAUUGUGAAGAGUGAUCAGGGGAAUGGGGGGAAGAUGAGGGAGAAGGGAGUGCCGAUGCGGAGUUCUAUGUUUCCGAUUGGGGAGCCCGGGAAGAGCUUUACGCGCUUGGAUAAGGCGAAGGGUGGGCGUGGACUGGGGUCAGGCUCGCGAGAGGACAUAGAUGCGAUUGAGCUUAUGCCUCAGACGAAAAGGCAUAGUCGGAUGGUGAGUGACGGGAUAGAGGAGGAUGCAGACGCAAUGGUCAUCAGGAAGGAGGUCCAGUAUUCAGUUCAGUUUGAGUACGACGAGGCGAGAAGGAGGGGCCAGGGGCCUUCGAAGAGGGUAUCGAAUGAUGCCAUGGCUUAUGUGUAG